UUUGCCAAGACAGAAUGAGUCUACCCUGAGACAGUCGCGCAGUAUUCAGCUCGAUCUCGCAGUCCUGUCCUGGCGUCCCGUACUCCAGUUUCUCAGUGAAAAACAGACCGCUCCCGUUAAUUGAAGCAUCGGCAAAACUGGAUACAAGUUCAAGAGAAGUUUCGUGAAGUGAAAGCACCCCUUUUUUUGUUGGACAAAAACUCAUCUGUUUUACAAUGAGACUCUCGAUAGUGAUAUUUUUUUCUUUAUACGGCGUUUUCGGUGGACAACCCAUAGAGCAGAUGUCAUUGGAGGAGUGCUGUAAGGAUGGCCAUGAGCGGGGAUUACUGAAGCAUGACUGUGCCUCUCUCCCACUCAUCUCAGAGUCCACAACCUGCAGAAUAGCGCAGGAGCAGUGCUGCAUGUCGGUGCUGGAGAACACCUCCUGCUCCAGUGGCAUCAACAUGGCCAAAGACCAGGGUGCCUGCGAGGCCCUGUUCUCCGACAGCCCCUGUGAGACCAAGACCGCUAAGAUGUGCUGUGACUGUUGCCUGCUGGGAAAAGCAGCGCAGGAGCGCGGCCUGAGCUGUGACACCAGCCUGUCUGUGGGGUACCAGUGCGGCCAGGUGUCCCGGGCCUGCUGUGAGGACGGGUCCUCUGACACCCCUAAAGACACCCAAGCACCCGGCCCUGGGAAAGUCUCUCCCGGGGAGACCGAUGACCCCCUCCUGACUGAUGUGUGCAAAGGGGCUGGGAACUGCGCCCAGCGUUGCCAGGGCAACGGCACCUGCAGCUGCUUCGAAGGGUACAAACUGAAACCGGACAAGCGCAGCUGUGAAGAUAUUAACGAGUGCCUGGUGGGGUCCCAUCGCUGCCGCAUGGGUGAGCGCUGCAUCAACACGGUCGGGUCGUUCCGCUGUCAGCGUGAGGUCAGUUGUGGAACGGGCUAUGAGCUGACCGACAACAACAACUGCAAAGACAUCGACGAGUGCCAGAUCGGGAGCCACAACUGCGCGGCGCAGCUCGAGUGCCAGAACACGCUGGGGUCGUUUCGCUGCCGGCCGCGCUCCACCUGUGGCAGCGGCUUCGUCCAGGACGCCAUGGGCAGCUGCAUCGAUAUCAACGAGUGCCUGAGCCAGACCGGUCCCUGCAAGCCGGGCGAGAGCUGCAUCAACACCGUGGGCUCCUACACCUGCCAGAGGAACUCCCCCAGCUGCGGCCGGGGCUACCACCUCAACGAGGCCGGCACCCGCUGCGUGGACAUAGACGAGUGCAAGGGGCCCGGCGGGCCCUGCGAGGGACACGGCUGCAUUAACCUGGUCGGGUCCUUCCGCUGCGAGUGCAGGACCGGCUACAGCUUCAACACCAUGAGCCGGGUCUGCGAAGAUAUCAACGAGUGCAGGCAUUAUCCAGGACGCCUCUGUGCACACAAUUGUGACAACGUCCUGGGGUCCUACAAGUGCAGCUGUAUGCCGGGCUUCACACUUUCCCUGGAUGGCAGGAACUGCGACGAUCUGAACGAGUGCGAGAGCAGCCCCUGCAGCCAGGAGUGCGCCAACGUGUACGGCUCCUACCAGUGCUACUGUCGCCGUGGAUACCAGCUCAGCGACACGGACGGCAACACCUGCGAAGAUAUCGAUGAGUGUGCUCUACCCACCGGCGGCCAUAUCUGCUCCUACCGCUGUCACAACUCCCCAGGGAGCUUCCACUGCACCUGCCCGACCCCGGGGUACACCCUGGCCCCCAACGGGCGCAGCUGCCAGGAUGUAGACGAGUGUGUGACAGGAGUGCACACCUGCCUGGAGACGGAAAGCUGCUUCAAUGUCCAGGGGGGCUUUCGCUGCCUGUCCUUCGAAUGCCCCCCCAACUACCGCCGUGCGGACGAAACUCGUUGCGAACGCUUUCCUUGCAAUCAGACUAGCGAGUGCCUGGCCUUGCCUCUGAGAAUAACCCACUACUACCUCACGUUCCCCACCAAUGUCCCCGUGCCCGCCAACGUCUUCCGCAUGGGCCCCUCCAACUCCGUCCCCGGCGACGUCGUCCAGCUGGCCAUCGUCGGCGGCGACGAGGACGGCUUCUUCGGCACGCAGAAGCUGAGCUCCGGCGGCCUGGUGGUGCUGCAGAAGCCCGUCGCCGAGCCCCGCGACUUCCUGCUGUCCGCCGAGCUGAAGCUGCAGCGCUACGGGACCGUCAGCUCCUACCUGGCCAAAAUCCACGUCUUCGUCACCCAUGACCAGUCCCGUCUCCCCCACAGCCUCUCCCCGCUCUGAAGAUCCGUUUAGCUGUGCCAUUCCCCCCCCCCACACAGCCCCCCCCUUUUUUAUGAGUUUAAUUGGUCUUUUCCAUGUUGUAUACUAGUCCUUGAACAGGUCGCAUGUGUUUUAUAAUCAUAUAGGCCACUAGAUGGUGCCAUAGGACCGUGUAAGACAUUGCGAUCACAUGACCUGCAGUACCCCCAAUAUUUUAUAAGCCUUUUGAAUUGAAUGUGUAAGGCUGUAGCAUAUAUAUGUAUAUAUAUACAUGCAUACAUAUAUAAUAGGGCUAUAUAUAUUGUCAUCUUUAAUUGUAUUUUUUUCUAUUAAAACUAAAACUAGACUCUACACAUAUGCAAAUCAGUUUACUCACAUUUCAUGAAUUCUUUUGCCAUUUCACCUGAAACUCAUAUUUUUUUGUGAUCUGACACUAUGAACAAUAUGCAUUUGUUUUUUGCUAACUGUCCUUUUAAAAAUUAAUGAGCAAAUUAAUUGAGUCGAGGGUUGAUUUGGAGGCCGGGGUGACUCUAGGUCAUGACGCUGGAAGGCUCCGGAAGUUUCUAUUCAUAUUCAGUCCUCAGCACUCCAGUGCCUUGUGUGGCCAGGAGUCCUGUGAGGUGGUGCAGAGUUGGCAUUAAGUGUUGCCCAGGGCAGGGAGACCGUUGGGUUUUUCCUGUACCAGCUGUGCAUCUUCUUGUCCAACGGCUGUGCAGCUCAGCUGGCGGCUUCAGGGUUAACAGAAACGGUGGCCUGCUGUGUGCGUUUGGGUUAGUUGUGCAUCUCGUUGGGGCGGGGGUGCUCCCAGACUGAGGCACAAUAUUUCAGCUAAGGUGACAAACCAACAAUUAUUGCCGGGCAUUCCAAAUAGGGUAGAAAAUAAUUACGGAGAUAUAAAAUCGGUAAAAGACCUGAAGGGGCCAAAUAUGGAUGCAGUUAAAAAUAUAGAACAUUUUAAAAUAUAUUCAUUGUGUUAUGACGCUCCUCCUUUCAGUUAAUUACUCAAACCAGGACAGCAGCGUAGAGCUAUAGCUACCUAUCGCUGCCAGUCACUGUUGGGCUGAGUAUCCGAGAUCCCAUCCUCUGAAAAGCAGUUACCUCACUGCUCACAGUGUUCUUUAUUGCUCUUUUUCAUGCUGUUCCAUGCCUUGUUUUGCAUGGAUUUGUGCCAAUGCCCUGGGUUUGGUACCCUGGUGUGAAAUGGCUGUUUUUAUAGAGCCCAGAGGGGUGCUAUGAUGUCAGUGAGGUGGAAGAGGUGAGGUGAGGUGUUUCUUUUUCUAAAUCGCUGGCAGUCACUGUAAAGGGAAGCAGGUAAUCGAUAAAUUCCUGACAGUAUAGCUGAGUUUCGCUGUUGCUGCUACUGUAAAACGUUUCUGACAGUCCUGUCGUUCCGGAGUAGAUCGCACGUGCUGCAUUACCCAAUGAGCACAUGGAAGCCAAUCAGGUGCUCUUCUCCUGGCUGUACGGUCAGCUUUUUAGCUUGAUUAGUUCUGUGUCCUGUGUGGCAUCAUACUUAAUAUGAUCCGACAAUAUUAUAAAUGUAUGAUUGUCAUUUUUGUCUUU